UACAGGGAUAUAGUGGGAGGGGCCUUGCCAUUACUCACAUAGCUAGUAACCAGAGGGCCAACUGCAGCUGAAAUCAAGAGGCUGGAGGCUUAGUGAAAAAGGGGGAAACGUGCAGUCUAGGAAUGACACCAUCUACCCGGCAUACCCACUGACUGUAUCCCCUCCUCCUGCCUAUAAAAGAACCUGCAGAAUUGGACUGUAUGCACUUCGAUAUUCCAGAGGAUAGCAAUACAACUAUAUUUAACCUCGAAAAACAUUCAACUGAAAAGGCAGUGACCCAAAAGGAGAGCUUGGGUAACAUUUUUACAAAACAUUUUUGUUUUAAUUCUUAUAAAUGUUUUAUGUUGGCUUACUGGUGGUCUUGAGUAGCUGCCUGGCCCUGGGGGCAGGCUACAGGAAAACUCCAGACCCAACAGCUGCUAAGAGACAGUACCAGAUCCAAAAUGGCCCGUGCAGCUACACCUUCCUGCUGCCUGAGCAGGACAACUGCAAGACCCCAAGCAGCACCUACACCAACCUGGUCCAGAAGGACGAUCCGGCAGAGUAUGAUGAGUCGGUCCAGAGGCUAGAGCAGCUGGAGAACAUCAUUGAGAACAACACACAGUGGCUCCUCAAGCUGGAGAACUACAUACAGGAAAACAUGAAACAAGAGAUGUUCCAGAUCCAGCAGAAUGCAGUGCACAACCACACGGCAGCCAUGAUAGAGUUCGGAACCAACCUGCUGAGUCAGACUGUUGAACAAACACGGAAGCUGACCAACGUAGAGGCGCAGGUAAUAAAUCAUACAACUCGGCUCGAACGUCAGCUUCUUGAGAACUCUCUAUCAACGAGUAAGUUGGAAAAACAGCUCAUUUUCCAAACAAAUGAAAUAACCAAGCUGAAUGACAAAAACAGCUACCUGGAGAAGAGGGUGGGGGAGAUGGAGGAGCAGAGGCAGGUGGAGCUGAAGACGCUGAAGGAGGAGAAGGAGCAGCUCUCUGCACUGGUACUGAGACAGACGGCUGUCAUCGAGGAGCUGGAACAACAGCUGUUGCGGGCCACCACCAACAACUCUGCCCUGCAGCGGCAGCAACAGGAGCUGCUUGAGACCGUCAACAACCUCAUCAACACAAUCUCUAUCCCCACAGGUGGAGGGAACAAGCCUACCAUGAUGCAGGACACACCAACCACAUACCCAGACUGUGCUGCUGUCUACAAGUCAGGAAACACAGACAGUGGAGUCUACUCACUGACCCUUUCCAACACUACACAGGAGAUUAAGGCUUACUGUGACAUGGAGACAGAGGGGGGUGGAUGGACGGUACUACAAAAACGAUUUGAUGGCCGUGUUGACUUUCACCGUACGUGGAAAGAGUACAAAAUGGGCUUUGGAAACCCUUCAGGUGAAUACUGGUUGGGAAAUGAGUUUGUUUCGAUACUGACCAAUCAGCACCCAUACGUCUUGAGGAUACAGAUGAUGGAUUGGGAGGAAAACGCAGGAUUCUCACUAUAUGACCAGUUCUCUCUAGGCAGUGAAGCAGAAAACUACAGAAUACACCUUAAAGGCUACAGUGGCACAGCAGGCAAAAUUAGUAGCCUUGGUCAGCCGGGAAGUGAUUUCAGCACAAAAGAUGCAGACAACGACAAAUGUGUUUGCAAAUGCUCACAACUGACAACAGGAGGCUGGUGGUUUGACGCCUGCGGCCCCUCCAACUUGAACGGAAUAUUUUUCCAGCAGGGCCAGAACUCAAAUCGAUUCAAUGGAAUCAAAUGGUACUACUGGAAAGGCUCAGGCUACUCACUGAAGUCCACCACAAUGAUGAUCAGACCAGUAGACUUCUGAGGCUGUGACAGAGACAUGCCUCUCACGGACAUGUAUAGAAUGGAGAGCAGAGCUCUGUCACUCUGGGAAACAACUACACAGACAAGACAGACAAACAAAAAGACCAAACAGACCGAAGUGCUCCAUAACAGCAACCUCAUCACUUCCGAACACUCCACAAGGGAAGGAACAAUUAGCUUUGCUCCAACAAGUCUUUUAAUUUAAUUUUUUAAAACUUUUGUACAAAAUGGACAGGUGAAGACUAGCAGAAAAGUCUAUGAACUAUCUAUACUAAAUAUAUGGGCUUUGGACUGCAUAACCAACCAGGACAAGGCAGUCAAAAGAUGACGCGUUGGAAAUCUUGUAUUUAUAGCAAACUGGAACUGUGGUAGAGAUAACAGUAUUGUUUUCUAUUAAUAAGCAUUACUAGGGGAAAUGUCAGUGUGUAACACAUUGCAAGGUUGACAAAGUUAAUUUUGUAAUAACGAUAUUUCACCCCAUUAACAUUUGAUACAAUGAAUUGGAAAAUAAGUUACAUUUAUAAUGUAAAAUAAAAAUGUAACAAUAGCCCUAAUUUUAAAAGCAAAGAAAACUAGGGUACAAAGCACAAUACUUCAUACAUAUCAAAUAUGAACAUCAUGCAAAAAGGCAAUCUGUAAUGAAUCUACGGCUUUUCUUCCUUACAGGAAUUGUACAUACUCCGUGUCUUCAGAAAGUACUCAUACCUCCCUGGUCUUUGUGGUUGAAUGUGUUUGAAAUUCACUGCUCAACUGAGUGUCCUUACAGAUAAUUGUAUGAAUGGGGUACAGAGAUGAUAGUCAUUAAAAAAAUCAUGUUAAAACACUAUUAUUGCAACUUAUGUGACUUGUUAAGCACAUUUUUACUUCUGAACUUAUUUAGGCUUGCCAUAACAACGGGAUUGAAUACUUAUUGACAAGACAUUUCCGCUUUUCAUUUCUAAU